AGUAAUGUCUUAUUAAACGUUCCUUGCAAAUUAAGCUCAAACUUGAUUAUUUUUAUAAUUCAAUCAAUUUGACUUUCAUCAUGUAUAAAUCAAGUACCAUGUUCGCCAAUCGCCAUCUUUCUCAGAUCGCAUCUUGUAAAUUAAGCUCAAAGUAGAUUAUUUCAAUCUUCUCCUCAAAAUCACUUAAAAAUUUCACUUUAUAUAAUUUUUUUUUACUUCAAACUGUAAGGAGAUAGUAUGAAUGCUGGGGUUAAGCUAAAGCUUUAGGUUGAGUAUUACAUGUUUGAUGAAAUGCUUGAAAGAGGAAAGACUGUAAUGUGAUGAUGAAUUGGUGGAGUUCUGUUAGUAGGAGAUUUAACGCUACCUGGGGACUGAAAAACCGUCUGUUAGUAAUGGCAAUUGGGGUUGUUGUAAUUGUUGGGUUUGCGUUACUUUUAUCUCUUGGACCGCGAAGCAAAAGGGCAGUUGGUUUAACGGAAGAAUGUCGAAUUCCUGCCAUUUACAACUUUGGUGACUCUAAUUCUGAUGCUGGUUGUGUCUCGGCUGCAUUUCGACGUGUUCCAUAUCCGAAUGGUAUUUCAUUCUUUGGUAAACCUUCUGGAAGGUACUGUGAUGGGCGGUUAAUGAUUGAUUUUAUUGCCGAGGAGUUGGGAUUGCCUUUUUUGAGUGCAUAUUUGGAUGCACUUCAAGGCAACUUUCAGCAUGGUGCAGAUUUUGCUGCAAGUGGGACCACAAUUCAGCAUGUUGACGGGAAGCUGUUUGGAGGUGGUCUUAAUCCUCUUUCCCUCGAUGUACAACUUUUGCAGUUUGAAGGGUUGAAAGAACGGACUAGUGAACUAUCUGCACAAGGUUAUAACGUUAAGAGCCGCUUCCCAAGACUUGAAGACUUCUCAAAGGCCCUAUGUACAUUAGAUAUUGGGCAAAAUGACCUUCAUCAUGCAUUAACGACUAUGACAGAGGAUGAAGCUCGUGAAACUAUUCCCAAGCUUGUAAAUCAGUUCGCAAUGGCAAUAAAGAAACUUCACAGUUUAGGAGCCAGGACAUUUUGGAUGCAUAACACUGGCCCUAUCGGUUGCUUGCCAUUUAUUUUGGUGAAAUAUCCUCCCCAGCCUGGAAAUGUUGAUGAAGCUGGUUGUGUCAAGUCUUACAAUGAGGUAGCCAAAGAGUUCAACAAACAACUCAAGAAUAGGAUUUCUGAACUGCGGACUCAACUCCAUGACUCCCUUCUUGUAUAUGUUGACAUUUACUCAGCUAAAUACUCACUUAUUAGUGAAUCAAAGAAAUAUGGUUUUGUGGAUCCACUUGGUUUCUGUUGCAAGCAUACUGGUAAUUAUUCUAGUUUGCAUUGUUGGAACAAAGCAGAAGAGAACGGGACUGCAGUUUAUGCAACUCCGUGCAGUAAUCCUUCAGAAUACUUAAGUUGGGACAGUAUACAUUACACCGAGGCUGCCAAUCGAUGGGUUGCAAACCGUAUUUCGGAUGGGUCUCUCUCUGAUCCUCCUGUACUCUUGACUAGUUUAUGUACUAAGUCUUCCCUUUGAACUUCAUUUCUUGAGAAUGACCUGAUAUUGCACUGUCCUCUUAGCUUCAGUUCCCAUUUCAUUUUACCUAGAUUUGCGAUUACAUGUUACAAAUAUGUUUUUUACAUAAUCCAUCCAAGUGGGUAUUACCGUAUUACUUACUCUGACUGAUUUUUACAGUAAUUGAAAUCUGAAAUGAUCAUGAUAUGA